AUGGCUUUCAUAUACGCUACCUGCCCAUCAUCUUCCAUUUCCUUCUGUCUCAAUAACCAAAUCGCAUUUCAAUCAAGAAAUACUCAGAUUUCCGAAAGACCCAACAAUUUAGAACCUAAAAUUUCAAACCCCUCUCAAUCCACAGAUCACAAAAAGAAAAGUUACAUCUGGGUCAACCCCAAUUCUUCAAAAUUAACACAAAAAACAUACGAUUCAAGGUACAAUUCUCUCUCUAAAGUAGCAGCACAUUUGAAUUCAUGUUCACCUGUUGAAAAAGAUGUGUUUAAUGUACUAGAUUCUACUUUAGGUAGUAAGUUAGGUGUACAAGAUGGUCUUAUUAUUCUUAAUAACAUGUCAAACGCUGUAACCGCGCGCAUUGUGCUUAAAUACUUAUUAGACAGAUGUGAUUUGAGUUUGAGGAUUGAUCUUUAUAAUGCGACAUUGAUAGUUUUUCGAAAGUGUAAAGAUUUGGCUAGUGUAGAGCAACUGUUUGAUGAAAUGACUCAGAGAGGUGUUACGCCUGAUAUUGUUACGUUUUCGAAUAUUAUUGGGUGCGCUCGGAUGUGCUCGUUACCUGGCAAGGCUGUGGCAUGGUUUGAAAGGAUGCCAGAGUUUGAGAUUGUACCAGAUGAUGCUAUAUUGGCGGUGAUGAUCGAUGCCUAUGGGCGUGUUGGGAAUGUGGAUAAGGCGUUGAUGUUGUAUGCGCGUGCUAGAGUCGAAAACUGGUCUUUAAGUGAUGUGACGUACACGACAGUUAUCCGGAUUUGUGGGGCGAUUGGGAAUUUUGACGAGUGUCUAACUGUGUUUCGGGAAAGGAAGGCUCGUGGGAUUAAGCCUAACUUAGGUUGUUAUAAUACGUUGUUGGAUGCUAUAGCGAGAGGCAAACGUGCUUCGGACGUAAAGUCUAUUCACCGAGAGAUUCUGAGCAGUGGGUUAAGACCGGGUUGGGCUACAUAUGCUGCUCUGCUUCGCGCAUAUUGUAAAGCGCGGUGUGGAGAUGAUGCUAUGAAUGUGUACGAAGAGAUGAAGGAAAAAGGGAUGGUGUUGAAUAAUGCUCUUUACAACAUCCUUCUAUCAACGUGUGCUAAUAUUGGUUUCGUGGAUGAAGCUAUCACGAUCUUUGAGGACAUGAAGACAUCCAAAGAUUGUCAACCCGACACGCGGUCCUUUUCAUUAUUAAUCACAAUAUUGUCAAGACAUGGGAAAGUGUCAGAAGCCGAGGCCGUUUUGAAAGAAAUGUCGGAAGCCGGUUUUGAACAUGAUAUAUAUGUUUUGACUAAUCUGAUUCAGUGUUAUGGGAAAUCCAAUCUCAGAGAUGAUUUGGGAAGAACGAUAGAUACGAUCAUGGAGCUUGAUUUACCUUUAGACGAGCGGUACUGUAGCUGCCUUCUUAACGUGAUGACACAAGUUCCUCAUGAAGCUCUUGGUAAGGUUGCCCGAUGCAUUGAUAAGGCGGAUUUAAAGCUUGGAAAUGUGGUGAAACUUGUGGUGGAGUGUGGCGGGGAAGAUGAAACCUUCAAGAAUGAAGCUAGUGAAGUGCUUGCUCGUGUGGGAGGUGAGGUACGGAAAACAUACUGCAAUUGCUUAAUUGAUCUUUGUAUCCACCUUCAAAAGCUAGAUAAGGCAAGUUAUUUUAGAACAUUGCUAUAA